GCAUACCAGUACAACCUGACUUAUUUUUAUAAGUACUAAUUGGGUAGACAGCAACCCUAUUAGGAUGCACAUCUCCUCGGGAAAUCGAUUUCUUGAUCUGCGGAGACCGGUGUGAGUGAGCGCGCGCGCGUAAUUGUGCGGAGGGCGGGAGCGCGCGACAGGCUUCCCGCGGGUGGAAGCGCCCUUUCCUCACAGAAAUCGAACAAGUGAGAAACUGUUGCUUCUUGGUGAUUUCUUAAGAAAGAGAUUGGAACAUACGAAAUUUAAAUAGUAAUUUACUUACUAGCGAAUCUUUUACAAGAGGUAGUAGUAGUUUCAUAAAGAUAUUAUACGCCUGAAGUAGGCGAGCUGAAAGUGAACUGUGUUAAAAAAGCGGGAAAGGCGGCGAAGAAGCAGCAAAAGGAGAAACCCGGAGAUUUAUCAAGCUGACAACAGUCAGAGCAAGAGUGACCGUUAAAGAAAAACCCGAAGGCGCGAGUUUCUCUGACAGACUCUGAGCUGAGCGCGCACGCGAGAGGAGCUGCGCUGUCGACCGGAGUUACUCAUCAAUUUUCACAUUCUCUGGGAACUUAUCAGGUUUUACAGUUUUGCCAAUUUAAAAACUCAGUCAGUCACAUGUCAAGAUGCCAGAGGAGAUUGAUCUUGGGACCUGAAGUUUGAUGAAGACCAGCAGGGAUUGAAAAUCACCUAGAGUGCUGUGUGAGCUUGCUUUAAUAUCAUUGUGUAUCUCGCCAUCUAUUUACCAUCAGGGUUACAGGACGUUUACAAGCCAACUGCUUAAACCGAACGAUUGAAGGUUUAAGACUGUCAUGAAAGGAGAAAAUUGUUUAUAACGUGGAUUGCUUUCCAUCAUUUUGAAUCACAACCACAGCUUUCUUCUGUGAGAGGAGGGGCAGUUUGUUUAAAUGCUGCAGUGGACAUGGACUUUUCUGGAAAUUUUCCUGAACGCUUCUUGAACUUCUCAUGGAGGCUUAAGCCACACCGCUGUCUCUUCAUUAAUCUUUAGGGAGACGUCACCGUCGCACAGCAACCCCUGAGAAAUACACCUCAACAUCACCUGAUAGAAUCUCCAUCCACGGGCGAAAAUUUGGAGACCCCAAAUCCCACAUGUUGCUUAUAUCAGACAAGCAAUAUAUAUUUAUAUGACAAUAUAAACCCACUGGAUCAUCCAGAAUUGCUGUUUAUAUGGAGCGAUAACUGGGCGUCACUCACAAGAGCGAAUAGGGGUUAGAGGGCUGCCUGUUGUGAUUUAAUGUAGUAAAGCAGAGCAAAAAAAAGAGAAAUUGAACCUUUUAAAGCAAAUGAAGCAACCUUUAUUCCAUGACGGAUAUCUACUUUGUUGCUGGAGUUGUUGCUGGAUGGAAAAACAAUUCUAAGAUACAGCCAGCAUUUUCUCACAUUGUAUUCUCUCGUUAAGAGUUUCUAUUUCACCGUAGUCCUUUUUCCUUCCCAGAGAUCAUUCUGGCCGGGCCUGUUUCUUCUAAAGGAGAGGAGGACUUCCUCUCUAUCGCUGCCUCACGCCUCAGCCGCAGGAAGCGCGUUAUUGGCGCGGCAGUGGGUGUGGCCAUGGUGCUGGUGCUACUGGUCACUAUUCCACUAUUGGUCCACAGCACCAAACUGGGUGGUUCUGGUGGUGGAGGUACACAUUAUGAAAUGCUUGGCAGCUGCAAGAUGGUCUGUGACUCUUUAACACCCACUAAUGAACUAACGCCUGUUUCACCUCCUCCUCGCGACAUCCCUGGACGCAAAGGAGGAGCCAAGUCUGGUUUUCGUGGAAACCAAGGCCUACCAGGUCCCCCCGGUCCACGUGGGCCACCUGGAGAACCAGGAAAACCAGGUCCACCUGGACCUCCAGGUCCAGGCCCUGGGGGAUACAUCCCAUCCUUCUACAGCCCCAAAAUAGCCUUCUAUGCUGGUCUGCGCAAGCAACAUGAGGGGACCGAGGUACUCAAGUUUGAUGAUGUGGUGACAAAUGUUGGGAAUUACUAUGAGCCUACCACAGGCAAGUUCACCUGCCCUCUUCCUGGAAUCUACUUCUUCACUUAUCACGUGCUCAUGAGGGGUGGAGAUGGAACGAGCAUGUGGGCCGACCUCAAGAAAAAUGGACAG